AAGUUUUGAUGUUAUUACUAAACAUCUCAAAGAUCAUUUGGCAGAAGGUGUUCCAGUGUAUUGCCCCCUAAAAUGCAGGAUAAAACCGUUUAAAACUGGUAACGCGUUGAAAAUACACAAUAUAUACUAUCAUCAAACCAUCAAACAUUUCAACGAAUCGGUAGGCAGGGUUGAAUCGUGCAGUACAACCAAUUUAUCAGAAUCCAAGAGCACAAAUGAAUCGAAUACAACAUUAGUCGAAAACGAGCACAUUUCAAAUGCAGCGAAAUCUUUUGGAGUUAUGUUUUUAAAAUUACUGUGUAAACACCACGUCACGAGCGCUGCGGUCCAACAAAUUGUUGACGCUAUGGUAGAGCUUACAUCAUCCCAAGAAGAUUGGAAUCGUCACAAAAUUUCUGUAAUUUCGCAAAAAUUCCAGUUAUCGGAAUAUGAAAGUAAUGAAAUUUUACAGGACUUUGGAUCAGAAACUGUUAGUACCAUUUUAUUCAAUCCAGAUAAUGGAAUGUUUCGCUCCGAACAUAUGCGCCAAAAAUAUUUUAAAGAGAAUUUUUGCUAUGUACAACCAGUAGAAAUAGAAAUUUCACCCAACAGUGGCCGUUACAUUUACUAUGUACCUAUUUUAAAAACAUUGGAAUCAUUGUUUAACGGAGGAUUAAGAUUGACGCCAUCAACUUUAACGUCCAACAACGGUUUCAUGACAAACUAUACAGAUGGUCUUCGAUUUUCAACAACUGGAUUAUGCCGAGAAGCUAACAGUGUACACAUAUUCUUAUAUCAAGAUGGAUUUGGAACUGUAAAUCCAUUAGGUGAUGCAAAGAUGCGUCAUAAAAUGGUUGGAGUAUAUUUUACCAUUGGAAACAUGCAUCCAGCUCUGAGGGCAAAGGCAGACAACAAUUUUUUAGCCCUAUUGUGUUUUGAAAAAGACUUGAAAAAGUAUGGAGUGGAUUCUAUCUUCAAGGUACUUAUCGACGACAUGAAAGUAUUGGAAACGAAAGGACUACGAGUAAUUAUUGAUAAAUGUGAUGUAAUAGUACAUGGUACAAUAUUUGCACUGCUUGGUGAUAACCUAGGUAACAAUAAUAUUCAGUCAUCAAAUGCGAAAUGAUACAAUGUAUUUUUCUUAGGUACACAUCAAAUGGCUGGCUUAGUCGAAAAUUUCUCAACGCACCAAUAUUUUUCACGGUACUGCUACACGACCUUGAGCGACUUUCGGCGCACUCCCUUACAAGACUGUGAAAUGAGGCAUCAAGAUACCUAUGAACAGGAUCUAUUAGGCUGCUUAAACAGCGGGAAACCGACUAGAGGCGUUAAGACUUCCACUAUUUUUAAUGAUCUUCAAUAUUUCCAACUAUUUGAACUUGGGAUGCCACCUUGUUUAGCCCAUGACUUAUUUCUUGGUUGUUUCAAUUAUGACAUCAUGCUAGUGUUUCGACGGUUCAUCAGAAAUAAGCUCGUUGGAGAGAAAUAUCUACAAAGCAGACUAAAUUACCUCUUAAAGAAGUUUGAGCUGAACUCUAAGAUUAGCCUCAAUUUGAACAAGAAAUGUGUCACCAGCAAAGCAAUAGAUGUUUGGCAUAUGAUCCAAAUAAUACCAUUAUUGCUGCUCAAACUAACACGUCUGCACGAGGAUCCUGCAUUCAAGCUCAUCAUAAUGUUGAAAAACAUCACUGAUAUUGUGACUGCUCCUUUGAUUUCUUCAAGACAAGUUGCAAUGCUCAAACUUGAAAUUAGUCACUAUUUAGAAAUCAGAUCAUCGCUUUUUAUGUCUCCUUUGCGACCAAAACAUCACUACCUUUCACAUUACCAUCAUCUUAUCCUCCACUAUGGCCCACUUAUGCAAUUUAGUACUUUGAGCGGUGAGCGGAAGCAUUCAUACUUCAAAACAGCAUUGCGGCAUGCAGGAAAUUAUAAAAAUGUCUUGAAGCUUUGUAGUGAAAGACAUCAGUACUUGCAAGCUUAUUUAAGUGCGGAUAAGCAGAGAUUCAACGAAAAAAUCAUCUACGAAGGAACCAUGCGUACCUGCGAAGAUUUGAAUAAAAAUGAAAAGCAACUUAUGGAACUGUUUAAUUGUUAUGGAGAAAACUUCAAGUACACAGAUUCUGGUAUUUGCUUGGGUACGACAAUCAAAGUUGGAUACUGUUUAUUCAUGGAGCAUGAUGAGUUCGAGGAUUUAUUCUACAUAAUUAUGAUACAUGGUAUCAUUUUAAACGAUACUACCGACGACAUUUUUGUUUAUGGAGAUAAAAUAAGUGCAUCAUACUUCACGGAGAUGGGAAUCCCAGUUGUUCAGGAUCAUAGUACCGAAGAUGUAAACUGCGUUAAUUUGAAAGACCUUCCCGAUAUCACUCCGCUGAAGUUAUACAGAUGUCAAGAAAAUACUUAUCUGUUCAAUAGUCAUGCAAUUCCUAGAAAAUAAGCAUGUGUUCUACGAUGUCCCGACUUAUACGUAUAUGUGAUUCCCAAAGAAGGAAAUCGUUUGUUAAAUGUUGCCCCACUGUUGCAAAUGUUUUAGAAAAAGGUCGUUCACAUUUUGAAAAAGAACUCACAAGCAUCGUUUUGGAAGCAGAUGGAUCCAUGAUCGUGGAAGAUGAAGUGCUGGAUUUGUUGUCAUCAGAGGGAUUGAGUUUCAUGUUGCUGGGAAAUUCCGAGGAAUGGAGCGAGAAAAACACGACGACGAGCGUUGACGAGAAUAAAAAACAUGACAUUCAGCAAACUCAGACUUUCCAAGAGCCGUCCCGUUCAUCGAGUGUUAUGGAUUCUACGUUAUCCUCGAUAGCCUCGAUAGAACUAGCGGAAUGUGACGCUGUG